AUGAAUGAGUUACAAAAUAUUAGGGCAGUAAAUCGCCACAGAAAUAUUAUUAAAUUUUACGGAGUCAGUAUCGAUCCUAAAGAAGAGAAAUGUUACCUAGUGUUUAAAUAUGCUGAAGAUAAUUUAAGAAAUUACUUACGAAAUAAAAAUAAUUUCGAAAAUCUUGAUUGGGAAACUAAAGUUAAUAUGGCUCAAGAUAUAGCAUAUGGUUUAUGUUUUAUUCAUAAUGCAAAUAUUGUUCAUCGAGAUUUACAUUCAAAGAAUAUUUUGGUUCAUAAAGGAAAAUUAUUAAUUACAGAUUUAGGCUUAUCUAAAUCAUUAGAUUCCAAUUCUAAUUCCUUAACAGGAGGAAUGCUUGCAUACUCAGAUCCUGAAUAUUUACAAAAUUCGACAAGCUAUAAAAGAAAUAAACCUUCAGAUAUUUAUAGUUUGGGGGUUCUUUUUUGGGAGAUAUCAAGUGGAAGACCUCCAUUCGAUAAAUUUAUCGAUUUUGAAAUAUGUGAAAAAGUUAAAUCUGGUAAAAAGGAAUUACCCAUUAAUGGAACUCCAGAGAAUUAUAUCAAAAUCUAUACAGAAGCAUGGAAAGAUGAUCCAAAACAAAGACCAACUAUAGAAAAUAUUUGUGAUUCUCUUGAAAAUAUUCAAUUCGAAAAAAUAUAUUAUGAUUCAAACGAAAAUGACCAAUUUAUUCAAAAAGUUAAUCCUAAUAAUCAAUUAAAUAAAUUUAAAUCUAUGGAAUCUUACAGUAAAGAUUCAAUUAGUCUAGAAAAUUUAGGAAUCGCAGUUUUAGAAAAUCCUGGAGAACCAUCGACUAUUUCUCUUAAUUCUUACGACCAAGAAUGGCUUAACUAUGGACUUAAUAAAUUUGAAUAUAAUGAUUUUGAAAAUCUUGAAGAUAUUGGUGAAAACGUUCACAAUGCUACACUAAUGAAUGGAACAAAAGUAACUUUAAAAUCGAUCGUUGUUAAUUCUAUGGAAUUAUUUGUUAAUGAGGGAAAAAGAGAAAUUCCAAUUGAAGGAACACCACAAAAUUAUGUUAAGAUCUAUCAAGAUUGUUGGAAUCAAGACCCAGAUCAACGUCCAAACAUUGAGAAAGUUAUAAAAGAUCUUGAGUGA